AUGAAAAUGGUGUUGUCUCAAAGGCAACGAGAGGAGCUGAACAAAGCGAUCGCUGAUUACCUCAGCAGCAAUGGUUACAACGACGCUCUGGAAGCGUUCAAGAAAGAGGCGGAGAUGACCGGGGAUGUGGAUCGAAAGUUCGGUGGACUGCUGGAGAAGAAGUGGACAUCCGUUAUAAGGCUACAGAAGAAGGUGAUGGAAUUGGAGUCGAAGUUAUCUGAGGCUCAGAAGGAGUAUAUAGAGGGUGCUCCGACACGGGCCAAGCGCACGCCCACCGAGUGGAUACCACGACCGCCGGAGAAGUUCUCACUCACUGGACACCGGGCGACUAUUACUAAGGUGAUAUUCCACCCGUUGUUCAGCUUGUUCGUGUCUUCAAGCGAGGACGCCACGAUCAAAGUGUGGGACUUCGAGAACGGGGACUACGAACGAACCCUAAAGGGUCACACGGACUCCGUACAGGAUAUAGCGUUCGACCAGCACGGGAAAGUGCUGGCAUCCUGCAGCGCGGACAUGUCCAUAAAGCUGUGGGACUUCAACCAGAGCCACGAGUGUAUAAAGACGAUGCACGGCCACGACCACAACGUGUCCUCGGUGGCCUUCUCGCCCGGCGGAGACAUCGUGUACUCGGCCAGCAGGGACAAGACCAUCAAGGCCUGGGAGGUCGCCACGGGAUACUGCGUAAAGACGUACAAGGGUCACCGCGAGUGGGUGAGGAUGGUCCGCGUAUCAGCUGACGGGAAGCUGCUCGCCUCAUGCUCCAACGAUCAGACUGUACGCAUAUGGAACGCUGAGACUAACGAAUGCAAGAUGGAGUUACGUGAGCACGAGCAUGUAGUGGAAUGCGUUUCGUGGGCGCCAGAGACAGCGGCCGCUGCAAUCAACGAAGCGGCCGGAGGAGACAACCGCCGCGCGGCAUACCACGGACCAUUCCUCGCUAGCGGCUCUAGGGAUAAAUCCGUUAAGAUCUGGGAUGUAACGACGGGUCAAUGCCUGGUGACGCUGGUCGGUCACGACAACUGGGUGCGAGGCGCCGCGUGGCACCCCGGCGGCCGGUACCUACUGACCGCCUCCGAUGACAAGACGCUACGUGUGUGGGACGUCGCUCACACGCGCUGUCUCAAGACGCUCUACGCUCACACACACUUCGCUACCAGCCUUGAUUUCCACAAGAACUUGCCAUAUGUGAUAUCCGGCAGCGUCGAUCAGACCGUCAAAGUUUGGGAGUGUCGCUAG